UCUGUUUUAUUUCAAGAUCGAAUGUGAGUGUAAAAUAUGGAGAAAUCCGAGAUCGCGAGUGCGCUUGAGAAUGGUGAUAUCCCCUUGGCGGAUGAGGAUGUCCAAGUGAUUCUGAGUGAUGAUCCGUCAUCAUGCAGCAUUCCUCCUGCUGCGUCAAUUCAGGCCAGUGUUGAGUCGAUCACUUCGUUGUUGAACGGCCUCAGUGGCGAUUUCAACAGUCUUGAUGGGGACGUGACUCAAGAUGAGCAGGAAGAGAAGGCGAGAUUGAUUUCUGGUGUUUUGGAGCUUCAAAACACGCUUGAUGAUUUGUCCCGAAGAGUGGAUUCGGUGAAAGAAGAAAAUUUGAAACUCCGUUCAGAAAACCAAGUCUUGAGCCAGUACAUUGAAAACCUGAUGGAUGCAUCAUCUGUAUUCCAAACAGCUUCUCCGCCUGUGAAGAAGAAGGUAUCUGGGAAAACCAAAAAAUAAGGCGCGGUGUUGUAAGAUACCCAUUUUUGGCAGCUGACCAAAGAUAUUACGACGGCGCUACAUGUUCGUGUUUGUUCCUCGAGUCACGAAAGCGGAGAUCAAUUGCGUACAUACUUGCCACUGUUAUCUGAUCUGCGCGCUGUGAUGAUUCCUUUUUGUUGCACCUGUAUUUAUUUUUUUUUGUUCCUGAGUUCAUGUGGUUUAUUUCUCGGAACUGGUUUUUGCAAUUGAGUUGAAGGAACUCGCGUGACACAUCGUCUUUUUUAUUCGAAAUCGCCGGACUGUUAUUUUAGGUAUCUGUUUCCUGAAUUCAGUUACCUUUGCUGCAUGUCAACCUAAGUUAGAUCCAGUUACCUGAGGCUUUCUAAAUUAGGACUGAAGUCACUUGUAGCUCAAGGAAGGGAAGUCGACCAGGUUAGUGAAACAGCUAUCAGUUUCGAAAUUUUGAAAAAGUUAAGCCGGGCGUUAGAGGGGAAAAUGUUUUUUUUCAUGCAGUUUGACAUCAUGGAAAGACCGUUUCGCGAAAGAAAAUAUUUGACGCUCAAGAGUUUGAGGACUUCCUUUAAAAUUCUUCCUCGUGAGCCUCUUCUAAUUCAGCACUUCUGAUUGUGUUUUCCGAGUAUCUUUGACGAGUUAGAAAUUAGUGGUGAAACAUCUUGUUGGUUCAAAUAAUUCGCAGGGAAAGAUUCGGAAGGAAAUAUAUUGCUUGUUGAUUUAUCACACGUUAGCUGUAGAUCCCAGUAAUUGAAACGUUUUUCAUUGUGCUUGGCGACGGAAAGGUUUAUUGAUUGCUUUUGCUGGGAUUGAAAGCUUCGCGGGAGAAGCUUUCAACUGCUGCUUGAAAGAUGGUAUGAAAUGGAGAGUGGGUUUUUUUUUUUUUGCUUCGUGUAUUGAUAUAGACGACGGAAAUCUUCUCAGUUUCUUUUACUCUUGUGGGAAUCUUCCUGGAUUUCAUCGACUUUGCGUAAAAAUCCAUCUGAAAACGGAGAGGAUGUUUAAAGUGAAUCUGUAUCAGUGAUA